AGAAGAAAACAGUUGGAAAAGCUCGCGCAACGAUUUCAGUACUUUUCUUGUUUCCGGAAAAAAGUGUACUGCUAUUGUAAAGGCACGGCUAGUGGCUCUGCUGCAAUCCGAGCAAACGAGCAACGAAUAAGCGUAGUAUACACACAUAUAGUAAGGAGCUGUUGGAGCGUCGCUACAAUAAAUAAUAUUUUACACACACACACACACCCACUCGCCAGAGUGAUACGAGUAUAGUGAAAAUAUAUGUAUGUAGGAAUCAAGAAAUUGUUUCUAAAUAAAUAAUAAAUGAAUAGAAAAGAAAAGUGUGGGAAGUGAGAAUUAUUGGCGCGCUUUUCUUGGCCACUUCUGAAUGUUGGCGAAAGAGAUUUAAAUAAAUGCAAUAGAAAAUAAACGAAAAAAAUAACUCAAUACAUACAUACACACAUACAUAAUUGAAGAUAUUUGCAUAAGGACAAAAAACAAAACAAAAAAAAAAUAUAUAUACUAUAAAAUUAUUUAAAAUAAAACUAUCAAUUGCUGCACCCGCAAAACACAAACACAAACCAACAGAAUGGAUGUCUUAGCUCAGAUUCUGAAUAUGAAUGCUGGUGGCGCGUAUGGCGGUGGCAAAGCGGGUGGCGCCUUUGAUCCACUCACAUUCGCGAUGAAGCCUCAAGUGGUGAUACGUGCCCUCUGUUGGCUAUUUUCUAUCAUUGUCUUCGGCUGCAUUUCAUCGGAGGGUUGGCGCACCGACGAGAAUGGCAAGGAAGUGUGUCUGUACAAUGGUGAUGGCAUGGCAUGCAAGUAUGGCAAUACAAUUGGUGUUUUCGGUUUUUUGGCGUCGAUGGCUUUCAUCGGUGGUGAGUUCCUAUUCGAACGCAUGUCAUCGGUGAAGAGCCGGAAACGGUAUGUGAUGGCGGAUAUGGGAUUCUCAGCUGCCUGGGCUUUCAUGUACUUCAUUUCGUUCGUGUACUUGUGGUCACAAUGGUCCUCGUCACCCAUGCCACCCGGAGGUAUCGGCGUUGGAAACAUGCAGGCGGCCAUUGUUUUCUCAUUCUUUUCCAUUUUUGUGUGGGCCCUUUGCGCCUUUCUCGCCUACAAACGUUUUCUUAUCGGCGCCGGCGAUGAAUUCACAUCUGCCUUUGAAACAGACCCAGCGAACGUGGUGCAUCAGCAAGCUUACACCAGCUACUCCAUGGACAACGACAACGAUCAGUACAGUAAGUCGCCGUUCAGUGGCCAACAACAACAAGGCAUGGAACAGCAAGGAAUGGAACAGCAAGGCAUGGAAUAUCAACAGCCCACCUAUUAGAGCAAGAUAAGCCAAAAUAACAAAAUAUGAGCAAAAACGAUUGGCAAGUGAUUGCCAAUUAGGCUCAUGGAAUUGGGUACUUUAAGAGCGUCGCUUGAUUUGUGCUGUAGAAAGCAGCAGCAGCAGUAGCAAAACUCAAGCUAAUUUUUUAAAUUAAAACAAACAAAUAACAAAUUGAACCGAAAACACCGAUAGCAAACAUAUACAUACACACAUACAUGCAUAUGUAGACAAAUAUACAAAUAUACUCAUUUGAAAUAAAAUUAAAGAAAAUGUAAAUUUAUGUAUUUGCAAUUGAGUGCAAAAACAAAAAACUUGUGCAAAAAGUUAGCAGCAGCAAAGAAACUGAAGAACUAAACACACCACAUGCAUACACACAUACACAGAUACACCCGUAUGCACUACUACCAACCGAAUUGUAAAAUGGCGCUCACAAAUGAAAUGACGUGCAUUCAUAGUUGGAAUUAGAGUUGACUCCGAGUCGAUGCGAUUUCUUUAAAAGAAAUUAUGCAAAAAAGCUUACUCUGAGGAGGCUGAGGCGGCGGAAGACUUACUGUGUACGCAAGACUUCUAUUUUAAUAUUUUUUCAACUAAUAUUUCUAACUAUGAGUGCGCGUGUCUUACAAAAGAAAAAAAAAAUCAUGAAAAAGCGAUUAAAUUAAAAGCAAACACUUAAGUGCAAAAGUUUAUAAUUGUAAUUGUGUAAAUUUUAUAAAUUAAUUCUAUGUCGCAUUUAAACGAUGAAUUGCUGUUUAUCAUAGGUGUGUACAGCGCGUGAAAAUGUAAUAAAAUGCAAAAAAGUUGUAAAAUGCUUUGGCUUCAACUUGAGAAAUACACGUAAGUGGAAAUAAAUAAGUAGUUAUUAGUAAAAAAAUAUUUGUUAAUAAAAGUUAGAGGCAUGGAGCGAAGGAACACUUAUUAAAUGUAAUCACAUAUGUAUGUAUGCCCAGACGCAUACAUACACACAUAUAGACACAUAUUUUUGCAGUGACCAAUUGUAAGCUUCUAUAGCUGAUUAUGUAGACUUUGCGAAUAAACAAGUUAUUUAUUGCUGGUAAAUUAACAAAACACACAACCCUAAUGUAUACAUAAGCAAGCCAAUAAUUUAAAAUAAAUAACUGGAAAAUUUUUAAAAUUUACAGCAAACAAGCGAAUGUUUGUAAAUUUACAUACAAAAUAUCAACAAAGCCGGCAAGAAUUAAGAAUACAUUUCGAAUGUCAUAAAUUCAUAUACACACAUACAUAUGCAAAUAAUCUCUUUAUGUCACUAUGCAUACCGGUAACUCACACGUGCAUACAUACAUAUAUAUAUUUAAUAUUUAUGUAUGCACAAUAACAUUGAAAUUUACAUACCUACUAAAGUAAAUCGUAGAAAAUUAGUGGUUUUUGAAUAACUUAUUAUUUAGUUAUAGAAAAUUAACAAUAAAUAUAACAACAAUAACGAAAACUCAUAAAACAUACUUAGAUGUUUGUGUUUGUUGUCGUUAAGGCAUCUGAUACGGGUAUCCACAAUUUCGCAUUAUUAUUUUUUUCAUUACCGAACUAGCGGGAUUAGGCUUAGGGGAUGCCGAGAUUUAUUGUUUUCGAUUGAUUUUUAUUUACUUUUUUUAAAUAAAAAUAAAUUUUUUGUUACCCUUUUUUAAAAUUUUGCCACAUCCUGAACUAUCGGGCUUAAGCUUUGGGGAUGCCGAGUUUUAUAUGUAAUGUUUUUUUUUUUUUUGGAAGCAAAAAUAAAUUUUUCGUUACCCGUUUUUUUUAAUUUUUUUCCACAUCCCGAACCCUGGGUGUGCCGAGAUUUAUACAUAUAUUUUUUUUUUUUUUAAGCAAAAUUUUCGUCAGCCUUACUCUAAAAUUUUGCCACAUCCCGUACUAUCGGGCUUAAGCUUAGGAGAUCCCAGGAUUUAUUUAAUGUAUAAUUUUUAUAAAGCAAAAAUAAAUUUUUCGCUACUCUUCUUUUAGAAAUUUACCAUUUUUAUGACACAAAUAGAAAUGUAACAAGGAUUAUAGAUACCAGAUUUGCUCCUUAGAUAUGGGGAACAAAUUUUUGAGGGGAACUUUGAAUUCUACGCCAUUCGUUUUGUGUUUCACAAAAUUUAGCUUUAGCUUAGUGAAACACAAAACGAAUAACGUCGGCAUAGCUGUCAAAUUCGCUCAGAGCCGAGUAACGCUCUGCUAGGUAGUACACCUCUAAAAAUCGUUUCACCACGCAAAUGUCACCGCUCCUAACGGACUUCUCUAUUUAUUAGUCGGACAUCUCUAUUUAUUAGCCAGACACUUCCCCUGAGCGAAUAUUUUUUCUUUCCCAAAUCUUAUGUAUGGGAAAAAGUUACGCUCUUUUGAGUGGACACCUCUCUUGAACGGGCAAAAGUCGACCAACGGUGAGUGUAUGCCCAAGGGAGGUAUCACUAUAUAAAUAUACGCUAAAAACUCAGUAAGUGUAUACUUAAUUAACUAACUUAACGUAAUAUUUCGACCAACUUUUUGAAAAUGCAAAUAUGUGUUAGCGAUUUAUUUCAACUUAACUUAACUUAACGUAACUUAGGAAUGUGUAGAUUUCUUCUGUGUUAAAUUAAGUAGAUUCUCAAGUUUCGCCCUUAGGUAAAUUGUGAGCAGUGAAUUGCAUAUCUUCGAUUUUAAAAUUCCUAAUAAUAAAUGUAUUUAGAAAUUAUUUUCGAAAAUAGCUUAUUUGAUGUGACUGUAGCCGUUUUUAACACGCAUAUGUUUGCGCUUAAAAUUUGUAUGAAACAAUAAGCAUACAGUUUUAUAUGAACUUAUGGCAGAGUUGCGAGUGAAAUCGGUGGUUCCAAGUUCUGUUAUGUUGGUCUUUAUCCAAGGUUUGAUGAAAAAGAAAAUUGUGUCGGGAACAUCGGCUGCCAUGUGACGGGAGUGAUUCCCCAGCCGAGUUCUGCACGACCAUUUCACAUGUAUUCACACACUCGUCCAAUCAGUUGGACGGCAGUUUGUUAAGACGGCAACGCAACGUGUAUAUCACUCACACAUUCUUAGUUUUUUCGUAAACAAACCGAUUCAUAACUCUUGCUGCGGCACUGCUCAUUCGCAGAUUCUGUAUAAUUCGCUGAGAGCCGGCUAACGGCUCGCAUUAGAAAUCUUUUCACCAUGGUUUUUAUCGGCUUUUGCAAUCCGCUUUAUCGACAUAUGCGACAUAUACAUACAUAUGUAUGUAUGUGUUAAUACACAUAUUUGUAUCAGUUGAAAACUUUCCCUAUCGUUUGCAUUUUUCAGUUCGUAAUUUGCUUCAAUAAAUCUUGAUUUAAAAUUUGUUGAAUGGUGAUGUCAAAGGUUUUUGCAGAUUAUAAGUAGACAGUUGUCGUUGUACGGUUUUUUGUUUUUUUGUUUUUGCUGUAAACUCAGAUGUUAUGUAUGUAAGUGCGUAAAAAAGCUUUGUUAUAGGAGACGAACUGUAAAGGUUAAAUUAGAGGUGUCAUACCAUAACACCAUAAUCUUAACCGCGGCCUUAACCGUAACGAUAUUUACUAUCACCUAUUAUUGGUGCCAUAGCCAUAAACUUCUUCUUCUUCUUAAUUGGCGCUAUAACCGCUUACGCGAUUUUGGCCGAGUUUAGCAAAGCGCGCCAGUCGUUUCUUUCUCGUGCUAACCGGCGCCAGUUGGACACACCAAGUGAAGCCAAGUCCUUCUCCACCUGAUCUUUCCAACGCAGAGGAGGCCGCCCCCUUCCUCUGCUACCACCAGCUGGUACCGCAUCGAAUACUUUCAAAGCCGAAGCGUUUGUAUCCAUUCGGACGACAUGACCCAGCCAACGUAGCCGCUGGAUCUUUAUUCGCUGCGCUAUGUCUAUGUCGUCGUAAAGCUCAUACAGCUCAUCGUUCCAUCGUCUGCGAUAUUCGCCAUUGCCAACGUGCAAAGGUCCAAAAAUCGUACGCAGAAUCUUUCUCUCGAACACUCCAAGCGUCGCUUCAUCGGAUGUUGUCAUCGUCCAAGCUUCUGCGCCAUACGUUAGGACGGGCAUGAUGAGAGUCUUGUAGAGUGUUA